AUGUCAUCUCUCAGGACCACGCUGGCAGAAGCGGCAGAACAGAAUCAUGAUCUCAUUAUUAUCUUAUCGCGUACUGACUAUGCUGGCCCAGUUCUGAAAGAGAACGGGUCUUACACAUCCGACCUCAGCACCCAGAUCGGCGCGCUGAACAAGGAGCUCAAGCAACUGCAUGCCACUACAGAGGAUGAGCGAAAAGACCAUCUCAAGUAUCGAGAUAGUACUGUCAAACGUUAUGCCGCCAAGAUGCGUGGCCAUAAAGGACAGGAGAAGCUCGCAUCUCAGCAGGAGAAAGAAGAGCGUGAGUUCCUGGAGGCUUGGCAGAAGGAGAACGAAGCGAAACAGAGGCACGAGGAACUGACGAAGGCCCUUAAUGAAGCCGAAGUUCAACAUGAGGUGAUGACCAAGGACGCAGCACGACAUGCCCGAGCGCAAGAAAGCCUCGACCGACUCUAUAACGGCAUCUUUGGAGGACCGACGCCCGAGUAUCCCGAGGAGGAUCAGAUCGAGGGCUCUGUCAGCAGAUGUCGCAAGAGCACCGCCGAGAAACGUGCCCUCAAUGCGCUCAGAAGCGCGCAUAAUUCUCUGGGCCAAGGCCUGAAUAGCAUGCAGGAAGCGCUAAGCAUGUCCACGUACGACAUGUGGGGUGGCGGAACCUUUGUCGACAUGAUGGAGCGUGACGCCCUAGCCCGAGCACAGAACCAAGUCACCCAAGCAUCAUGGCACAUAGAAGAAGCACGCCGUGUUCAGCCAAUCAUUCGCCCACUAAGUCAAGUCAAUAUCGACAUGGGCCACUUCAUAUCCGACGUCAUGUUCGACAAUAUUUUCACCGACAUGGCGCAGCAUGACCGCAUCAAGUCUAGUAACACUCAGUUGCAACGGGCUUUUCAGGAGCUCCAAGCCCAGUUGGGAGAUCAGCAGCAGAGAUUUAGAGAGGCUGAAAGCCAAACGAAGCAAGCGAGUCAGAGUCUCGAUGAGGCCAGAGUGGAGCUGCAACGAGUCAGGGCGGAAGCUUUCGAACGAUUUGGUGGGCGCGGUGGUGAAGCAGGUCCCACAGUAGGCGACGAGGCUCCUCCAACUUACUCAGCGAUGUGA